GUGUCAUAUGUGUGUCAUCACAAUAGUAAUCGCCUCUUAGCAACAAAAAGUUGACACUCAUUAUGUAUAGAUUUUCUCGGCGGCUGUGUCAAGCGUUCGCAUCGUCGAGGUGUUCUCGCGGAAAUCGGCACGUAUCGAAGAGUUGUCAACAAUUUUUAGAAAUUACGGUUAAUCGUCCGAGUACAGAUAAUCUGACACGGACCUUUUAUUCUUCAAGCAUACCUUAUCGGGAAAAAGACAUUGAAGCUCUAAGUGAAAACGGAAUGGCGGAAGAACAAUUUGUAGUUAAAUAUUUGGAUUUACUGCAAGAACUGGAGAAGCCUGAUGUUCUAGUCAUUGAUGUUAGAGAAUCUGACGAGAUAAACAAAUCUGGCAAAAUACCAGGAAGCAUUAAUAUAAGAGUGGACGAUGUUGUUAAAGAACUUGUAAACCUUACGGAGGAGGAUUUUGAAGAAAGAUAUAAGAUACCUAAACCGGCUAAAAACACAAAAAUCAUAUUUAGUUGCUUAUCUGGCAGAAGAGCCGAAAUAGCGUAUAAGAAUAUGAUGGAACGAGGAUACACACAAGUAUAUUUUUAUAGAGGAAGUUUCAAGGAGUGGAUGGAAAAACAAAAGCCGGAAAGACAAGCUUUUAUAAUCAAAUAUGAACAGUUAUUGGAAGACCAAAAGAAUCCUGAUGUUCUAAUCGUCGAUGUUAGAGAGUUUGAAGAGAUAGACGAAACUGGAAAAUUACCAGAAAGCAUCAAUAUAAGAACAAAUGAAGUUGUUAAUGAAUUUGAACUUUCGGAGGAUAAGUUUGAGGAAAAAUACGGCAAACCGAAACCGACUAAAAACACGAAAAUCAUAUUUAGUUGCCGCGCUGGCAGUAGAUCUGAAUAUGUCCAAAAACAGAUGCAGGAAUUAGGAUAUAAACAGGUAUAUAAUUUUGAAGGAGGUUGGGAGGAAUGGAAACAACAAUUGGAAAAAAAAAGAAAAUAAGAGGAAAAAGAGGAAAAAUAAGUAAAAGAAGAACGUUAGUGGAACAUAAAAGAGGAACUACUAAUUAGAAUAUUUUCAUUAUUGCACUGAUUUUAUAUAUAUA